AUGGGAGGCGUUGACAGCAAGGAGGUCGCCGAGUGGCAGCAGCAGUACCAGAUCCCGGCCGACCGCGUCGAGCAGGUGCUGGAGGGCUUCCAGAACUCUUGCGGCAAGGAGGGCCAAAUAACAAAGGAGAAGUUCGUGGCGACCAUGGCGCGCCUGAUGGGCAAUGCCGAGAAGGCCAAGGCCACGUUUGAGGCCUUCGACGUCGACGGUUCCGGUUCGAUUGACGUGCACGAGUACCUGAGCCUCAUGGGCGCCGUCUAUGGCAACAACGUGGACCAGAAGCUCGAAGCGUCGUUCAAGCUCUUCGACGAGAACAAGGACGGCCAGCUGUCCAGGGAGGAGCUCGAGCACAUGCUCACGCGCACUAUCUGCGUGUGGCUGUCGCAGAGGGCGAAGAAGAGGGUGACGGUCCUCCCGGCCGAGUACAAGACCAAGAUCGACACCACCCUCGACGAGAUCUUCAAGACCAUCGACACCGACGGCAAUGGAUUCCUCGACAAGGACGAGUUCAAGAAGGGCUUUGCUGAGCACCCCGAGGUGUGCUCCUUCUUCAAGCAGUUCUGA